CCCAAUGUUUGAAGCCAUGAUCAUGAACAGAGAAAUCAACAACCCCAUGUACAGGUUUCUAUUUGAGAACCAAAGCCCAGCACAUGUAUACUACCGGUGGAAGAUCUACACCAUUCUACAGGGUGAAGCGCCAGUCAAAUGGAAAACAGAGGACUUUAGGAUGUUUAAGAACGGCUCCUUGUGGCACCCGCCUCCUCUGAACCCGUACCUUCACGGUCCGUAUGAUGACGGGGAGGAAGAGGAGGUAGAGGAGGAGGCCGGCAAGAAAGGCUGUUUGAAAGAAGAGUAA